AUGUCGCCGAAACAACCGGAGAUUUCUUCACCCAGCAUCUUGGCCGAAUAUUCUGAAGAAAUAAUCCAAGAAUUAUUCAACGUGAAGCUUCCCCUAAACUGGAAAAUAUUAAGAAAAGAAGAAAAGAGUGAACUGUUGCUUAAAUGGGCCCGUGAAGCUUUUCCUCACGUACCUGAAUCGCUGAUUCCGAUGACAGUGGGCUUGACAGUUGAUGGCGACUCUGGAAUACCAAUGGAUGAAAGACCUGAUUGGCUGGACCAUGAAAAAUUUUUGAGGGGCCAAAAGUUUGCUCAGGAUAACAUUUUUGGAUUAUUUUUCUCUGUACUGCUGACUUUGUUCAGCUCUAUGUCGUUUGAAGAAGGCUUCAAGCCUCUUGUUGCCAGCAAACAAACAUCGGAACCCUACAAGGCGUUUAAAAGUGCCGGCGAGGGAAGACGUGCAAACGGGCCUGAACUCGUCGUUAUCAAGCAACCGUUACGACAGCAGGGUGGACCCCAUGGCCCUGCUAUCUGGAAAUGCUACAGGGAGUACGCAAACAGCCCAGAUGGAGGAGAACGAAACGGACAGCUGAGCAACGUUCCUUAA